AUGAAGGUCCUGGUACUGGGUGGAACUGGACCAUCCGGUAUCUUUACGUGCCGGUACGCGCUCCAGGCAGGCCACAAGCUUGUCCUGUACUGCAGAAAUCCAAGCAAGCUUCCCAAGGAUAUUGUUACCCAUGACGAUGUGCAUAUUAUUGGCGGUCAAUUAGCAGAUUUACCUGCUCUUCGGUCAGCCCUCUCGGGGUGCGAUGCUGUCAUUUCAUCUCUAGGGCCCCCGAUAACACGAGAUCGAGAGACUCAUGUCACCAACGGUUACAAGUUUGUCCUCGAGGCAAUGCGGGCAGAGGGCAUAAAACGUCUUAUUGUACUUGGUACACCAAGCAUGACUCAUUCGCUCGACGUUCCCACCUGGAAAUUAUGGCUAGUCAGAUUACUGAUCAGCACAGUUGGACCGGGAACCUACAGGGAUGUGCGCGCAUUCGGGGAUCUAAUAUCCCGGUCGGAUGAUCUUGAAUGGACAACCGCACGAGUGCCGUUUUUAACAACGAGUUCAGGAAGGUCGUACGCAGCGGGUUAUGUAGGAGACGGUAAAGCUGGGUGGUUUCUCAGACGAGAGGCGUAUGCGCAGUUUAUGAUAGAUGAACUCGAAAAGCGAGAUUGGGUUAAGAAAAUGCCGUUGAUCUCGAAUGCCUAA